ACGACCUUCCCGGUCAAUUUCCAGCCGCCACCCUGCGACUACCGGAGCUUUCCUAUGCUGGACAAUGGACAAUCCUUGAAUUGCAGAGCGAGUCGGGGCGCCGCCGGACGGUGCCAAUUCUGUUCCUCUCGUCAAACGGCACAUUAUAAUACACGGAAGACUCGCCGGCCAAGAACGAAUCCCCCCGCUACCUUCUCCGCCCCUGCACGGAAGAGUUAAUAUGUCCGUGCAUUGUGCGUCGCAUGGUGUCCGCAAAGAGAGAGAGGUGGGGAAAGGACAGGAGGGAGACGAAGAGGCUUUUGCCGUGCUGGCGAGGCGAGCCAAGCCAAGGCUGCCGCUCUUUUCCGACCUCCCGUCGUGAAUAUCUUCGUAUAAGGUUUUCGGUGUCUCGCCUCCUCCUCUCUUAUCCGUUUAGAAAGAAAACUGCGUUACUGUGCUGAUUCUAAUGCAGAUUCUAAUGAAGUCUUGGCUCUCCUGGUCCUGGGUUACUUGUUUGUGAUCUUGGACAGGACAAAUAUUGCUGGGCAUGGUACGAAUUCAAGCUUCUUAUAGAUUGGGAGUAUGACUUUCUGUAUUGUUUGAUAAACAGGCAAAGCAUUCAUCUGAUUGUUCUGGUGAGGUCAGUAGGAGAUGCCGGCACCACCAGCAUCCAUCCAUCUGGGAGCUCCAACUCCGCAUAUAACCUCUCAUGGAUCAAAAGUUGUACGAUUACACAUGUAUGACUGGAUUGUUCUGAUUCUUCUGGUCGCGGUAGAUGGAAUACUGAAUGUCAUAGAACCAUUCCAUCGAUUUGUUGGAUCAGAUAUGAUGACUGAUCUCAGAUACCCCAUGAAAGAUAACACAGUCCCAUUUUGGGCCGUGCCGAUAAUUGGUAUCAUUGGACCUAUUAUCAUCAUCACUGGAAUAUACUUCAAGAGGAGGAAUGUGUAUGAUUUCCAUCAUGCUAUACUAGGGCUCCUAUUUUCAGUUCUCAUCACGGCGGUUAUAACCGAUGCCAUUAAAGAUGGGGUUGGUCGACCACGUCCAGAUUUCUUUUGGCGCUGUUUUCCUGACGGAUUACCGGCUUACGAUACUGUUACUACAGGAGUGCUUUGUCAUGGUGAGGCGAGUGUUAUCAAAGAAGGUCACAAAAGUUUCCCGAGUGGUCAUACUUCUUGGUCUUUUGCUGGCCUUGGUUUCCUGUCAUGGUAUGUGGCCGGUAAAAUAAAAGCUUUUGACAGAAGAGGCCAUGUUGCAAAACUCUGCAUUGUCCUUCUGCCUCUGAUCCUUGCAGCCUUGGUUGCUGUUUCUCGGGUAGAUGACUAUUGGCAUCACUGGCAAGAUGUGUUCGCUGGUGGAAUUUUGGGGUUGGUGGUUUCUUCGUUUUGCUAUCUUCAAUUUUUUCCAAUGCCUUCUGAUGAGAACGGUUUAUGGCCUCACGCAUACGCGCGGCACAUUCUUAACCCUGAUCAGCUGGAGAGCAAUCCAACACCCACAUCCGUGGAUCGCCCAAACUCUCUGCCGAGUGGUUCCUUCAGAAGCUCUAAUGGAUUGGAGAUGGGAAACGCGAGCCAAGCAUUAGAUUCCAUGGAAGCUGGUCGUAGACAUCAGUGACGGGACACAACCAUCUACGACUCGUAGCAGACAAACCUGACGCACUUUUGAUAGCCUGAGAUUUAUGUGGAGAGAGCUUUCACGUUCACUUCUUUACAUACAUAUACUCAUGUAGGAUAGAAUUGUACUUGUAUAUUUCAACAUGAUGUUCGCCAUUUCUCAUGUAAAUUCAUGCCAGAGUAAAA